AUGGUUAGCUCGGGAGCCAUCCAUUCCAAGGAGGAAUGGGAGACGUGGAAGAAAACAAUUACACAUCUGUACCUGUCCGAGAAGAGAAAGCUCCGAGAUGUGAGGGAGAUCAUGGUACAGAAACAUGGGUUUCGCGCGACCAUACACCAGUACAAGAUCAGACUCCAGCAAUGGGGCCUCGAGAAGAACAACAAGGAGAGUGACAUGAGAUACAUGUCGGCCAAGGCCGCUGAGAGAGCUGCUCAGGGCAAAAAGUCGGCCUUUCGCGUCAGGGGCAGAGACAUAUCACAAGCUGAGCUCGACCGAUACUGGCAUCGCAAGCAUCAUGGCCAUCAAAAAGGUUCCUCUGCAGGGAUCGGAGAAGACAUUGACCUGUCCUCCAUGCCGGAAGAAAUCGAGUGCUACACGCCUGUGAGCAGUCGUCCAAGCUCUCCAACUCCGCCCAGUCUGGACCCCCCACAGCCGCCCGAGGCGAUCUACCGGGAUCCCGCCGUUGUGCCUAACCAGUCUGCCGGGACACCUAUUGACACGCCUGUCUAUAUCGCGACACCCCCAGCAGCGCUGAUAUCACCACCCAGAACAGAGCUGGUCAGCCCUGCGAGUGUCAAACCAAUCAAAUCACGACCUGAAUCACCUCCCGAAAUUCUCCUUCUACGACAGCAACAGCGGCGGAAACCACCAAAUGUGAAGACGGAGGAGGAGUCGCCCGAGAGCAGUCCCGACAACUGGCGCCGUAAGCGCAAACUCACCGAUUUACACCCACUCACACCACCAGGACACCUCCUCUCGGUUCAGACGGUGGUAACAGGCACGCGGAACUUUUACGUCCGUUUCGUGCACUCGCAGGUAGACGCAUCGGACGUGGUCAAGCAGCCGCCGCACUGGAACCUGCGGCGGUUCUACGAACUCGCCCUUUCCGUGUCUGCGCAGCUCUCCCUGCCUCAAUGGAACGACCAGCGCGACAGCAUCGUGACGCUCUACAACGACACGCUCGACCAGAUCCGGCCCAUCAUCACGCCCGACCCGAACCCGUUGCUGCUGACGUGCAUCUUCCAAAUCUGCUGCCGCUUCUGGCAGGACGGCAAGGCGCAGGCGCUGCACUACCUCCUGAGCUACAUCCGGCAUGAGGUCGGCCAGAUCCACGGCAAGUCCCAUCCGCUGUACGUCAUCUGCGGCUCCCUGUUGCGCAGCCCCGAGGUGCUCUCGGACCUGGUCGUCACCGGCCUGCGUUGGGCGGUCAACGGGCUGGCGGAACGGCUAGGCGAAGAACACCCGCAGACGCUGGCGGCGGCGCGCGGACUGUACUCGGCCUAUUACGCGCAGGGAGACAUGGUUUCGGCGAAGCGGUACAUGGUUGCGGCCGUCGAGCUGGAGGAGAAGUUUCACCCGCAAGACAUUCACGGCCGGCUGGACUUGUUGUUCAAAGUCAUUCAUUGCGAGCUGGGCAUGAACGACAUUACAUCGGCGCUGGAGAACCUCAAGAUUGUUGAGCGCACGAUCGACGGUCUGCCGGGCGCGACCGAUUGGCGGGUGCGGAUGUGCUAUUUGAGGGCCAAGGGCGAGCUGUUGAGACAGCAGGGAGACCCCAAAGCGAUCGAUGUGCUGGAGGAGCAGCUGAGGUUGGCGAGGGAGAGUAGCCCGUUGCAGACUGGCUGGUGGGCGUUGGUGUCGGCGGAAAAACACCUGGCGUUUGCGAAGAGGUCGGUUAGGACGCAGGAUAGGAUGGUGCCUUACCUGGUCCCUUGCUGA